GGCACAUCACUCAGAGCCAGCCGGCUGACCCGCCUCGACGCCCUGAGAGGCCGUUUCAUUUGGCUGGGCUGGCUCUGGUUCUGACCGCGUGUCUGCAAAGCGCUCGUGUUGCUGGACUGUGCUGAGACGUGGGCUGCGGCUGCGGCUGCGGUUGUCGCGCGCUGUCUGCGGCUUCAAGGUGUCCGUAUGUUUACCAGACCCUAAAAUUUGCCCACCUCGUGGAAUAGACGCGUUUACGAGGCUCUGCGAGCGUUUUAAAGCUGUCCGUUAUAAUCAAGAUGUUUUAUUUCGUCGAAGUGAUGACGUAUGCCGCAUGCUCAGCUCUCAGCAUCCAAACAAACAGGGUUCACCUUCACUGCGGAGUGGACACUCACUGACCACUUUAUUAGGUAACUGAUCCAGUGCACCUGAGACAGGAUAGCAACCAUGUCACUGUAUCCGUCGUUAGAAGACAUGAAAGUGGAUAAAUUCAUUCAGGCACAGAACACUCCUACUGCCAGCCCAUCCAAAGCACUGGCACUAUCAGACCCUGCCCACUGCCUGUCUACCCCAGCCCACCAUGAGUCAAAAGUGGAGGAGAUUGGUACAGGUACAUCUGGUGGAUUAUAUCCUGAGCUGAGUGAAUUUAUGGGCCUGAAUCUCAGUACAGAUGCUCUACAAACUCUGUCUACCACAGUUCCUGAGCAAAGCAGUGGAGCCCUCAGUGUCCACUCAUCUGGCAUGAACUGGGCAGCUGCUCCCAUAACCGGUGGCGAUCUGGGCGUGAAGAGGGCUGAGAUCCGGCAGGGCAUCAGGGAGGUGGUGCUGUGCAAAGACAUGGAUGGCAAGAUCGGCCUUCGCCUCAAAGCUAUAGACAACGGGGUUUUUGUGCAGCUGGUGCAGGCUAACACUGCAGCUUCGUUGGGUGGUCUUCGCUUUGGUGAUCAGAUUCUGCAGAUUAAUGGAGAGUCGUGUGCUGGCUGGACCAGUGACCGUGCACACAAAGCACUGAAGAACGCCAAUCCUGAGAGAAUCACAAUUGCUGUACGUGACAGGCCUUUGGAGCGCACAGUCACUCUCCACAAGGACAUGAGCGGGCAGCUAGGAUUCAUCUUUAAGAAAGGCAGAAUCACCUCGAUAGUAAAGGACAGCUCAGCAGCUCGUAACGGACUGCUCACCGACCAGCAGAUCUGUGAGAUAAAUGGACAGAAUGUCAUUGGAUUGAAGGACUCUCAAGUGUUGGACAUUCUUAAUUGUAGUGGCAGAGUUGUAACCGUAACUGUGAUGCCAGUGGUCAUCUUUGAACACAUGAUGAAAAGGAUGUGCAGCAGCAUUGUGAAGUCUCUAAUGGACCACUCCAUUCCUGAGGUGUGAUACGGACAGAGCCAGCGUGGAACAGGCUUGUCUUUGUGUGCGGCUCUACAGUUUUGGGGGAGUGAUGUUAUGCAUACAUACACAGUGUGUGAGGAUUUGUACAUUUUAAAAUUAGAGAGAAAAGAGAGAAACGAAGAGAGAGAGAGGGACCUUUGUUCUUUUUAUUUUUCUCCUCUUCCAUAAUUAAAGGAAUUCAGUGUUUUUCAGCUUAAUCUGUAUGAGCUACAUUUCUGGCAUGCGCUUGAAAUGUGUUUCUGGCAAGGAAAUGCAUGCUUUAGAUGCAGCAGACAGAGAUUAAGCUGAAAAACACUGAAGUAUUCUUUUCAUUUCUUCCUUUAUGUGGUAGUAACAGUAUUUUUCAGUGUCUGUCCAUUUAAAAAAAGUGAAAAAAAUCUAUAUUUGUACAUAGAAAGGCUAAGCUGAAACAUGUUAGCCCAAUUCUCAUAAUCAUUUUCCCUGCUAUAGGCAAAUAAACUCGUUUUACAGAGGCAAAGUCCCUUGAAUUUAACUUUUUUUGGGGAAUUACACUGAUAGAAAUCCCCACUGUUUAACCUUUGCUUAUCCAUGUUGUAACUUCAUGGUGUUCCUACCUGUACAGCAUCUUGAAUUAUCUUAAAUCAUCAAAAUAUUACAUAUACAGAAAAUACAGGAAACAUUUUUAAAAUGUUAAACACAGAAAUGUAAGUAAUGCACAAUUUGAAAGCCAUUGUAAAACUAUGCAGAGCUGCCGCAACUUUUAUAAGCAAAUAUAUUAAAAAACAAAAGCUGAUGUUGCAGGACAGUUUGUAAAAUGUGAAACCUGCUUUGUUAUAAUGAUACUGUCAGGCCUGAGUUGUAUGUGCAUAGGCCUAACCUGUUCUUUAUAUGGUAACUGUUCUGCCUAUUAGGGCAGUUUGAUGGAAGAAUUCAUACAAUGUGGUUGAAGGUGACCUCACAUGAGGUAUUGAAGAUUACACAUGAGGUAGGGGAAUGACUUCUGUUAGUGCAUCUCCCUCCAAUAAUUUGUUGGCAUCUGCAUUUUUCAUUAAACCAGGCAAGUACAUGCAUUACUCUAUCACAUUCACAGUUUCAAGAAAAUCUUGACCCUGUAUCAUUUUAAACAGCUUUACAAAUGUUAAUAGUAAUGUGAAGAGAAGUAUAGUAAAUAUGUUCUAUUCAAUCAGUACUGUGUCCAUUAUCCAAACACUACAUAAUGUCCAAAGACAUAUCAGUGUGUUUUGAUAUUUCAAGCUCAAUAAAAAUCCAAACAAGUGAUA